GCGUAUUCGGUAUUUGCAUCCAUUUUUCUGCAGCCGGCGUGACACUCACGAGCUUCUUAGCACGCCAAAGCUAUGUCUGGAUUUAUUGCUGGACAUGGUUUAAUAUGUUUCUGCUGCUCUCUGAUCUUCUUUGUGCCUUCUUGCAAUGCUUUUUACGACGGAAUCUCAGAAAAACAAGAAAGAAAUGAUCCACAAAUGUUUGACCAAUUUAUUGAAGUGCAGGAUGUGGUUUUUGUGAUACAGAGUCAGAAGAACUCAUAUCAUACCCACAGGGCUGAACAAAGAAGAACAGAGCUUCUCCAUCAGGCUCAAACCUUAAACCAGAGUUCACCAGAUGUUGUGCUCCUUCACAAGCUGUCAGACUACGAUGGGAACUGGAGCAUUCUUCCGGCACUGCCACGCCUUGCCUCACAAUACUGUCAAACAUCUUUGUGGAUUGUGUUUUUGGAAGAAGAGACCAAUGUGAACUUACACAACCUUCUGCAGGUGCUGAGCAAAUUCAACACAAGAAAGGAGUGGUUUCUGGGCAGACCCCUCCAUGAUGAUGAACCAACAAUUAUCCACCACUAUGCUUUCUCAGAGGACCCCUCCAGUUUCAGUUACCCUGACUUCAUGGCUGGCUGGGCCCUCAGUUGCCCUCUGGCUAAGCGAACUGCAGAGCGUGUGAAUUAUGAGCCGCCCAAAUCCGAUUUCACAAUUGACCUUCAGCAUGAGAUUGCCCUCUACAUUUGGGAGGAAGGCAGAGGUCCUGCUUUGACUGUGGUGAAUGAGUUUUGCUCAGAGCUACAAAGCUUGUCCUUAACAGGAGAUUGUGCUACGACCAUCAACACCUUCUUGUCUGCCUGUGGAAACCCUGUGCAGAAGGAGGACGUCUUUGUUGCUGUUAAAACAUGUCAAAGAUUUCAUGGAGAUAGAGUUCCUUUAGUUAAACAAACUUGGGAAAAAGAUGCUGCCUCGUUGGAAUACUACAGUGACUUCACAGACCCAUAUAUACCCACAAUCCACUUGGGGGUCCCUAACACGGAGAGAGGGCACUGUCAAAAAACAUUUGCCAUUCUGAAGAGGUUUGCGAGUGGGGUAGUAACACAAGCACCUUGGUUGCUCAUAGUUGAUGAUGACACACUGAUCAGUCUGCCCAGACUGUGGAGGCUGCUGGGAUGUUAUGAUCCAAAUGAAGCUGUGAGUGUUGGAGAACGUUACGGCUAUGGGCUUAGCAGGGACGGCUACAGCUACAUCACGGGAGGUGGAGGAAUGGUGUUCAGUAGAGUAGCGGUGCAGAAUAUUUUGGCAGGUGGCUGUGGCUGCCACAGUUCGGAUGCCCCUGAUGACAUGGUGCUAGGGAUGUGUCUGACCACACUGGGGCUGCCAGUCACUCACAGCCCACUUUUCCAUCAGGCUCGUCCACAAGAUUAUGUAAAAGAGCUUCUGGCACGACAAAGCCCAAUCUCCUUCCACAAACACUGGAACAUCAACCCUGUGGCCGUCUACCAGCACUGGCUUAAAGAGCCCAACCAGAGGAGAGCGCACUCACUCACAAAGACAAGAGAAGAGCUGUAGAUGGAGCUUAUGGAGUGAGUGUGUGUAUUUUAUUUAAUGAUCUGAAACUCUAGAAGCAUUUAAAGACUAAGACACCAUGCAAUCGAAAAAUUCAUCUUAUUUUAAACAAAUUCAUUGGUUCAUGCUGUUCCAGAAAUUAAAUUCACUGUCAGAUAAAUUUCCUGCCCACUUUUUUCUUGUUGAAAAUUUUGUUCAGAAACUCAUAACAGAAGUAAACUGGGUUGCAAACAUGAUUUGAUAUUGACAUUAAGAUAAGAAUCUGUCUUAUUCGUGAUGAUGAUGCUGUUAAGAAUGGAAGUUAUGGUAAACUGUAUAUAUUCAGAUGUAUUUUCUAUUCUACAGUCGUAUUACACAGAUUGUGUUGAAUUUGAUCAUUGAAAUAGAAGCUUAAAACUUGUUCACUCUCUUAUUGAGAGAUAAAUCUAUUUGUACAGUACACAUAUAAAUAACUUUAUCUGUUCUACAAUAAAGUAAACUGAGACACUUAUAUACACCAUUUACAAUGUGAUAUGUCAUUAUUAUGCAGUCUCUAUGCAUGUGUGUAAAGGCAGAGUGAUUUAAGAGCAUGUAACUACCAUAAAACACAGAAAAGCGUCAAUACAUGCACAGAAGAAGCUGUAUCACAUUUCACCCCUCUGUGUAUUUCCUAAAUAAAACUACUGAAAAAAAAAAAAAAAGUUAAAGUUCAAAUAGAAAGUAAAAGUGACCUCUUCUUGAAUAGGACUGUGACUGUGCAAAAUGUUUACAAGCAUGCUGCAGUGCAAUCAACAGGAUGCCUAGGGACACAAUAUUCCAUGCAUGGUUUGGAGAGUUGAUCAAAACAAACGAGCAA